AGUGAAGAAUGAACAUUGAGUGAACAUAUGAAAAUAUCAUAGGUUUACUGCUAAAAAAACGAAAUUGCGUUACAAUUAGUUACGAAAUAACUGCAUAUUAUUGUGUUUUUGCGAAGUGUGUGCUAAGUUGUGGUGUGCAUUUAAAUGACAAUUUCUACAAUCAUAUUAUGAUGUCGGAAGUGGAUCCGGAGACGUUACUGGAGUGGCUGCUGACGGGGCAGGGCGAUGAGCGCGACAUGCAGCUCAUUGCCCUCGAGCAGCUCUGCAUGCUGCUCCUCAUGUCCGACAAUGUGGACAGGUGCUUCGAGAGCUGCCCUCCUAGAACCUUUUUGCCAGCAUUGUGCAAAAUAUUUUUGGAUGAGAGUGCGCCCGACAAUGUUCUGGAAGUGACAGCCAGAGCUAUAACCUACUAUUUGGAUGUGUCCGCGGAGUGUACCCGUCGGAUCGUAGCUAUCGAGGGUGCGGUGAAGGCCAUAUGCAGCCGCCUGUUGACCGUGGACCCUAACAACCGCACCAGCAAAGAUCUCGCCGAACAAUGUAUUAAGGUGCUGGAGUUAGUAUGCACCCGCGAGGCGGGCGCGGUGUGGGAGGGCGGCGGACUGCCGGCUGUGUUGCACUUCAUCACGCACUACGGCACCGCCGUGCACAAGGACACGCUGCACUCCGCCAUGGCCGUGGUCUCCAGGGUGUGCGGCAAGAUGGAGCCGGGCUCGGAGCGCGUGGGCGACGCGGUGAUGUCUCUCUCGGCGUUGCUGCGUCACGCGGACGCCCGUGUCGCGGACGCGGCGCUGCGCUGCUUCGCGUCGCUCGCGGACCGCUUCGCUCGCGCCCACGCCGACCCCGCGCCUCUAGCGGAGCACGGUCUAACUGAAGAGCUCGUCCGCCGUCUCGGCAGCACCGAGAGCAGCGACGACAAGUGCCCGGCGCCCUCCGUGUCCACCACCGUCAGCCUGCUGUCCACGCUGUGCCGCGGCUCCGCGCAGAUAACACACGACCUAGUCCGCCUGGAGCUAUGCUCGGCCAUCGAGGCGGCCGUGCAGGCGGACGAGCGCUGGUGCCUCGAGUGCAUGCGGCUGGUGGACCUCCUGCUGGUGCUGGUCUGCGAGGGCCGGCAUGCUAUACAGACUGGCUCAAACAGAAAUGGCGACACGGCCAGCGGUUCCAAGAGUGGUGCGGGAGAAGGUUCUAGCGCGACAGUGGGCGCGAGAGGAGACAAAUCUCAUCGCCAGUUGAUCGACUGUAUUCGUGGCAAGGACACGGACGCGCUGCUGGCGGCCGUGUCGACAGGCGCCGUCGACGUCAACUUCACGGACGACGUCGGGCAGACGCUGCUCAACUGGGCCGCGGCUUUCGGCACCAAGGAGAUGGUCGAGUUCCUGUGUGACAAGGGAGCCGACGUGAACCGCGGUCAGCGCAGUUCGUCCCUGCACUACGCGGCCUGCUUCGGGCGGCCGGCCAUCGCUAAAGUACUGUUACGUUACGGAGCUAACGCUGAUCUGCGCGACGAGGACGGCAAGACUCCGCUAGACAAGGCCAGAGAGCGUCACGAUCAAGGUCACAGGGAAGUGGCCGCUAUUCUGCAGUGCCCAGGAGAGUGGUUGGUUGUCGGCAACCAGGACUCGCCUACGUAUUCCAACGAUGAAGACUUUCCUGAGACUGGGGACAAAGAAAUGGCUGCUAUUUAUUUAGAGCGCUUGAUCCCGGUGUUCUGCGCGCGCUACCUAGGCGCGGGCGGCGCGGGGGUGCGGCGCGCGUGCCUGUCGCUGGUGCGCAAGAUGGUGCACUACACGCCCGCCCGCCUGCUGCGCGCGCUGCCCGCCGCCACGGCCGCCUCGCUCACCAUGCUCAUCGCCGCCGUGCUGGACAACGUGGGCGAGGUGGGCCCCCGGCGACCGCAGCCCCGGGCGCUGCGCAGCCGCUAUAUCCGCGCGCCGGCGGAUGACGAUGACGGUCACAUCAUCGUGCUUGGCAUCGCCGAAGAGGUGAUGGUGAAGGCCACAGACAUAUACUUGGAGCAGUUCGCGAGGCUGGGCGUCUUCAGCAAGGUGGAGGCUUUGGCGGCCGAACCGGCGGCGAGUGCUGCUAACUCGACUAGUGUAGCAGGUGGAACAGAAGACGCCACAAGUUUGUGCAGCAACGUAGCGUACUCGUGGGGCGAGUGGUCCCUCUGCCGCGGGCGCGACGCGCUGUACGUGUGGAGCGACGCGGCCGCGCUCGAGCUCAGCACCGGCUCCAACGGCUGGUUCCGGUUCCUGCUGGACGGCAAGCUGGCCACCAUGUACUCCAGCGGCAGCCCGGAGCACCAGACCGACAACACGGAGAACCGCGGCGAGUUCAUAGACAAACUCCAGAGAGCAAGAGCGUCCGUGAAAAACUCUGUACCACAGCCGAUAAUGUCUAAGCCGUCACACACCAAAUUGAUACUUGGGAACUGGUCUCUGUCCUGCAAAAAGGAAAAGGAGCUUCAAAUACACAACACAGAUGGUCAACAGCAAACCACAUUGCUACGAGAAGAUCUACCAGGGUUCAUAUUUGAAUCCAACCGGGGGACCAAACAUUCCUUCACUGCUGAAACAUUUUUAGGGCCGGAACUAGCAAGCGGUUGGACAGACCGCAGACCCACAGUUUCGAAUAACGCGAACAACGCUAACCAGCGGCGCUCGCGAACCUCGGCUAAGACUGAGGCGCUCAAAACUCAGGUGGGGUCCCUCGCGCGCGCGCUGUACUCGCGGCACCUGGCGCGCGCGGCCGGCCGCCAGCCCCGCGCGCCCGUGGCCCGCCUGCGCGCCGUGCUCGCCGCGCUGCAGCAAGGAGCCACCAAACCCACCAAAGACUGGCAGCAAGAAAUGAACGAAGCCUUAGAACAGUUGACGGAGCUGCUAUGCGGAGAAGAACUGUUAUCCGCCUACGAGCUGCAAUCGUCCGGACUCGCACCUGCGCUGUUGCAAGUGCUGUCACAACAACCUAAUGAACCGGCCUCCCAGUACCAAGCGCGCGAAGAGCUCGUCCGGGCCUGGGCCACGGACAGCCGCGCGGGCUGCGCGCUGGCGGCGCGACUAGUCGGCGUGCUGGAGUCCGUGGAGCGGCUACCCGUGCACGCGCCGGCCGGCGACGCGCCGCCGCCCCCCUCCACCGCGCUGCACCACCUCACCAAGCGCAUCAGAUUACGCGUAGUCCGCGCAAGCGAAGACAGCACCGAAGACACAGCAAACAGCAACAACGCCGGCCGCAACCUCAAGGUCGAAGCCCUCACCACCGUCCGCCAGCUCGAGCGUUUCCUCGCCAAGUCCGUGGCGCGCCAGUGGUACGACAUGGAGCGCUCCACCUUCAACUUCGUGCAGCGCAUCAAGACCGAGGCGCCGAUCGAGUUCGUCUACGACCACGAUUUCGACGAGAACGGCGUCCUGUACUUCAUCGGCAGCAACGGGGGCACCGCUGAGUGGGUCAACCCGGGAGCACAUGCCCUCGUCUCCGUGUGGUCCUCAGACGGCCGCCAAUUACCCUAUGGUCGCGCCGAAGAUGCGCUGUCCCGCUCACCUGAACCGCUAAACGUGCAUACGAACGAUGAUAGACGCGCGUUUUUAGCACUCGAUCUCGGCCUGCAGAUAAUACCUACAGCCUAUACGCUGCGGCAUGCGAGAGGAUACGGAAGAUCGGCGCUCAGGAAUUGGCUCUUCCAGAUGUCUGCGGACGGCAUGUCAUGGUCGACGCUGCUGGCGCACAGCGACGAGCAAGCACUACAGGAACCGGGCAGCACGGCGACGUGGCGACUCCGCGCCGACGCGCCCUACCGAUACCUUCGUGUGCAACAGAACGGAAAGAACGCUUCGGGACAAUCGCACUACCUGUCCCUCUCCGGCCUCGAGAUAUACGGCAAGGUGGUGAGCGUGUGCGAGACGCCGCCCCGGCAGUGCGCGGGCAGCGCGGGCGGCGCGUGCGGCGGCGCGCGCUCGCGGCGCUGGUCGCGCGGCGCGCGCGGGCUGUGCGCCGGCGCCAAGGUGGCGCGCGGCGCCGACUGGAAGUGGCGCGACCAGGACGGCAGCCCGCCCGGCCUCGGCACCGUCACCUCCGACCUGCACAACGGCUGGGUGGACGUCAGGUGGGAGCACGGCGGUCGCAACUCGUACCGCAUGGGCGCCGAGGGCAAGUUCGACCUGAAGGUGGUGAGCGGCGGCGCGGCCGAGGGCGCGCGCGGCGGCCGCAAGUCCCACUCCACGCCCAGCCUGCCCGACGCCACCGCGCAGGACCAGGUGUCAGUAGCGUCAACCGAGCAGGCGUCCUCAGCGGACAACAUAUCGGGCGAAGAGAUGGCCAGCAACAUGACGCGGCCGCGUAUGCACACCGCCGACCUGUCCGCGAUCAACAACUCCACUCAUCAUAUCAACACAGAUCUGGCGACAAUCGUCGAGUCUCUAACGCUCGGCGCGGAGGGCAACAACUGUAUCGCUGAGCUGAGCGGCAACUCGUUCGGCAACAUGGAGAUGGGACCCACCAGCAUCACGGACAUCACCAAGCCGUAUCCGGCUAAGGAGCCGCUGCCGGAGGCUAAUUCGCAAGAGUGCGAAGACAACGAAAGCGGAGAGCGACAAUACGACGAUCACAACAGAAAUGAUGGGCAAGGCAGCGGCUCGGGCACGAUGAGUGCCAGCGAACCGGAUCUCACACAACAGGGCGCCGCGCGGCUGCUGGAGUCGCUGGGCGUCGGCGUCGGCGUCGGCGUCGGCGUCGGCGUCGGCGUCGGCGUCGGCCGAGGCCGCGGCCGCGGCAUCAACCCGCAGCGGGCCUCGCGCACCAACCACUCCACCAGUCUGUUCCCGAGCUUGGUGCGGCUCGCGUUGUCAAGCAACUUCCCCGGCGGGCUGCUGUCUGCGGCGCAGAGCUACCCUUCGCUCGCACCCAACGCGCAAAACGCUCUAACCCUCUCCCUCACGUCUACAUCCAGCGAGAGCGAGCAGGUGUCCCUUGAAGACUUCCUAGAGUCGUGUCGCGCGCCCGCACUCCUGGCUGAGUUAGAGGACGAUGACGACGGCGACGACGCGCUCGACAGCGACAAGGACAACGAGCCCGCCUACCAGGAGGUUUCACGGAACUUGCUGUCCCUUAUGGAAGAGGAGGCGUUGGAAGCCGUCCGUGGAGGCCUAGGACAACGUGCGCGGCGUCCAUGGGACGACGAGUUCGUGCUGAAGCGGCAGUUCUCCGCGCUCAUACCCGCCUUCGAUCCGCGUCCCGGCCGCACCAACCUCAACCAGACCAUUGAUCUCGACAUACUCCUAAACGAGUCCUCCGACACGGAGGACCCCUCGCCGGCGCGCAGCCCGGCCGCCUCGCCCGCCCCCGCCCCCGCCCCCGCCCCCGCGCCGGCCCGGCUGCCCGCGCUGCGCCUCGUGCUGAGCUCGGGCGCCGCCUCGCUGCCGCUGGAGCGCCCCGAGUGGACAGUGUACCGCGCCGUCGUGGCGCUCAACUCCCGCCUCCACCACCAGGACUCGCACAGGGAUACCACUUACACAUUAACAUAUAAAGAAGUGGAGGGAAUGGAAACGUUCGCCGCGUCCAGUGAUAGCGAAGACGACGAACCGGGAGAUCCAGAGCGAGGCGUGUCAGGCGCCGAGGGAGCGGAGGGCGCCGCGGCGGCGGUGUGCGUGCGCGUGCUGCGCCGGCUGCGGGCCGCCGCGCCCGCGCUGCCGGCCGACGCCUUCCUGUCCACCAAGCUCACCAACAAGCUGCACCAGCAGCUGCAGGACCCGCUGGCUCUGGCCGCGCACGCCGCGCCCCACUGGUGCCAACAACUGAACGACUGGUGCCCAUUCCUGUUCCCUCUGGAAACGCGGCAGAUGUUCUUCGCGUGCACGGCGUUCGGCACCUCGCGCACCAUCGUGUGGCUGCAGGCGCAGCGCGACCGAGCCGUGGACCGCCAAAGAGCCGGUAACACGGUAUCGCCACGUCGCGCGGAGUUAGAAGCGACGGAGUUCCGCAUGGGUCGUCUGCGGCACGAACGCGUGCGCAUCCCCCGUCAGCCUAACCUGCUGCGAUCCGCUAUGCAGGUGAUGAAGGUGCACGCGGGCCGCAAGUCGGUGCUGGAGGUGGAGUUCGCGGGCGAGGAGGGCACCGGGCUCGGGCCCACGCUGGAGUUCUACGCGCUCGUGGCGGCCGAGCUGCAGCGCGCCGACCUCGCCAUGUGGCUGCACGACGCCGCAGUGCACGUGCACCAGCCCGCCCUCCACCAGCCCUACCACCUGGACGAAAAGCCCCCGGGCUACUACGUGACGCCGGCCAACGGCCUGUUCCCGGCGCCGCUCCCUCAAGACUCUCCAAUCUGUGAUAAAGUUUGCAAAUAUUUCUGGUUCCUAGGAGUAUUUUUAGCUAAGGUUUUACAAGACGGGCGGCUGGUGGAUCUGCCGCUCUCGGAGCCGUUCCUGCGCAUCAUGUGCGGCGAGGAAUUGAAAAACGAGCAUCUGCAGGAGAUCGAUCCUAUUAGGCACAGGUUCCUGCAAAACGUUCUGGCCGCUGCGGACCAAUACGACGCGCUGCAAUCCGACGCAUCAUUGUCGGCGGAGGAGCGCGCUGCGCGCGCAGCCGACCUGACGGUCGAGGGAGCAACGUUCGAGCAGCUCGCGCUCACCAUGACGCACGUCGCGUCCGGCGCCGCGCCUCACGACCCCGCCGCCGUGCAGCCGCUCUGCGACGCCGGCGACCACGUCGAGAUCGGUGCACACAACGGGCGAGCGUACGCCGAAGCGAGCGCGCGGUGGAUGGUGGCGGACGGCAUCCGGCGGCAGGCGGGCGCGUUCCGGCGCGGCUUCGCCGGCGUGUUCCCGCCGCGCCGCCUGCGCGCCUUCAGCCCCGCCGAGCUGCGCCUGCUGCUGUGCGGCGAGCGCGGACCCGCUUGGACCAAAGACCUGCUCUUACAGUAUACGGAACCGAAGCUAGGUUACACCCGCGACUCGCCCGGCUUCCUCCGCCUAGUGGACGUGCUGGUGGAGAUGUCGUGGCACGAGCGCAAGGCCUUCCUGCAGUUCGCCACCGGCUGCAGCAGCCUGCCGCCCGGAGGGCUAGCCAACUUACACCCGCGCCUCACUGUUGUCAGGAAGGUGGACGCGGGCGACGGCUCAUAUCCAUCAGUGAACACAUGCGUGCACUACCUGAAGCUGCCCGAGUACUCCUGCAAAGAGGUGCUUCGCGAGCGCCUGCUCGCCGCCACCAACGAGCGCGGCUUCCAUCUCAACUAGACGCCUCAUGGCGACCCAGCGAGUGCCUAAUGUCUGUAAGCCGUUAGUCGGAAAUAACUGUAUUACACCUUGUACUCUAAUAGGCAGGUCUACUCAGAGCGAGUCGCCUCCCGAGAAAUAUUGUAAUACCUCGCACGCGCGGCUGCGUUGCCUCGGUCGAGGCGCGUGUACACAGACCGAGCUGCUUCGUGUGGUAAAAUCCUCGUGAGGCGGAUCGUUCUCUGAGGCCUGUCCAGGAUUGGCGCUUCCACGACUCUCAACGCAUCAAAGCGACUGAAUGAUCUCAACUUAUGGUGUAAUAAGUUACUUGGCUGCUGACAACCGACUUGACCGUUUUAGUAAUUUGUACCCUUGGUAUAAUAAAUAUUGAAAUUACAAUGGGUAUGCGAAUAUUUUCGAUUUGCUAUCAAUCGUAUGGACUCGUAUAUUGACAUCUACGAAUACGGAAUUGAACUAUAACGCAAUAUAAUAACGGCUGAGCCGCAAACAGCCAAUACCGGAUGAAAACGUGUGAUAAGAAGAGUUAUUAUUAACUAAAAUAUUUCUCUACGCUGCGCUGGUUUACGUACGACUGCAGUCUUUACGAGUAGGUGCAGUCGACACCUAAAAUAUGUAUACAUUCAACGCCUUGUUAAUAUAAUAAGAUGCAAAAAUGUUAACAUAUAACUUGAAUGCCGACAAGUUCACCGUGAUCUCAACCAAUAAGCAACAGAUGAGUACUCGGCCUAGUUUUCUAUAGUCUGAUCUUACACAUAGCUCAAAAAGACUUGUGUUAUGGUAUGACAUUAGAUAAUGCUAUAAGACAUCCUUUUGUUCGUAUUAUUUAAAUAUAACCUACUGCGUUGUACUUUCACCAGCGUAUCGUAAGUAACUACGCGGACGAUAUGUAUGCGAAGAUUUGUGUCUAUUUGCGGCAUAUUUAGUUAGAUAUUUUUAAAUUUUUUUGUUAGAUUUAAAAUGUACUUGGAAAGACAAAUUGGAGUUCUCUCACAAAAAAUGCUUAGAUAGGUAUAUCCACGCUGCUUCGAAGCGUAAUCAAUAACCUUUUUUCACCAAUACUUUUUGUCGUUACGUAAAACGUGUUACUCUUAAUUUGUAUACUUGGGUCGGCGAUAUCAGAGGAAGACGAUUUUUGUGUGUUACCUAAUACUAUAAACUGUUUGUGUAACAUUUUAGACGUACAACCUAUUCUAUUGUCGUUUUAAAGUAGUAUUCAGAUUUACUGACAAUUUAGACAUCUAAUUUUUAUCUAAAUGUAAAUGAGAACCAUUAUAUUUGUACCGUAAUCUCAUUACAUCCACGCUCGCAAACGUCAGUUAUUGCUACACCUUAUAAAACAAAGUCACCCGCCAUGUCUGUCUGUUUGUAUGUAUGUAUGUUCGCUAUAAACCCAAAAAAUACUGAACGGAUUUUCAUACGAUUUUCACCUAUCAAUAGAUAGAGUGAGUCUUGAGGAAGGUGUAUAAUUUGUUAAGGUUUUGUGUAACCCGCGCGAAACCGGGGCGGGUCGCUAGUACUAUCUAAUUCUGAAUAUUACUUUAGUUUAUACCUAAUAUGGGUGGAGUAAUGUAAUCUUAAUGAAUAACCGUGGGCAAUUAUAUAUACCACACUAUCGCUGAGUCGGGCUCUUUUCAAUGUAUUUACAGUGUCUUGAUUUGUGCUCUUAAGUUUUUGCUGCUGUUAUUAUUGUAAGAUUUGAUUAAAAAUAUAAAAUAAGAGAGGCUUCUGUUUUGUUAGUGAACGAGUACUUUUGACUAGAUCUCUGUGAUGUUUAUAUUCAUAUAGUUGAAAAUGACCAGAUUUGUAACUUUUUGGGGUGCCCUAAUCAUGGAUUCACUCGUAAUUAAAUGUUUUAUAGUUGAAAUUAGAUAAAAUAUAUAAAAGCACGACGUUUGUGCUAUUUGAAAUCACCUUUAAAACGUAUGAUUCGCUUGACAAAUGGAAUGUGUAAAACAAUAAAUGGAAAUAUAAAAAUAUAUAAAUGGAAUAAGUGGAAUGUGUAAUAAUGUAAUGGAAUGUGGAAUGUGUGUGUGGAAUGUGGAAUGUGUGACUUGCAUCUACAAUAGAAGUUUGAACUUUCAUUUAUUGUAUGAUAACUGAUGAAGUAGGUACCCCUGAAAAAACACAAUUUUGUCAAGUGAUAGUACUUACUGAUCUACGCCUUAGCUAAUUUAUCUAAAUUUUAAAGUAUGCAUCGCGUUUGGUGCUUCCAUAACUGUCGUAUGUAUAUCGAAUUCUGUACUAAAUAAUCUUGUAACAAAUAAAAAACAUAACUAUUAAUGUGUACUAAUCAUGAUUAGCUAAUUCACACCAAAAUGCACUUUGGAAAAUGUAAAAUGUGAAACCAGGAAAAAUAUAUAAAUUCAGGGUGUAAAACACUAUAUUGUACUAAUACUAUUUUAGCUAUGUUCCUUUAUUAAGUAGUCAACUAAAAGUUGAUAUUGUGAUGUAUGAAAUAUUUUACGAAUUAAAAGAUAUUUAGUUUAUCAUAAUUAGGCGAAUAGAUUAAAAUUUAUUAACAUUGCAGCAACAUGUAGCGCUCAGAUCAUAUUUGUUGUUGAGGAUUGUGUCAAUAAAUUAAGCAAGAA